AUGGCAGACAACAGCAGCUCCAUCCUCUUCCACUCCGCUACCAUCAUCACCCUCAACGCAACGCGCCAAAUCAUUCGAAAUGGCUACAUCCACAUCAUUGCCGACCGCAUCUCCUCCAUUGGGAAGAACUAUCCUUCUUCCAACCUUCCAGCAGAAACGCGCAUAAUAGAUUGCAAACACAAACUCAUCAUCCCGGGCCUCAUAAACACGCACGCGCAUCUCGUGCAGUCGCUGCUUAGAGGAUUAGCGGAGGAUCUACCGUUGCACAAUUGGCUCUGCGAUGCCGUGUGGCCGUUGGAAGCGGCGUAUGACAGCGACGAUGGUGCGGAUGCGGCGAGGCUGACAAUAGCGGAAAUGCUGAAGACGGGGACGACGUGUUUUUUGGAUCCCAUGUUGACGCACAGGGCUGGGUUUGAGCGGGUUUGUGAGGUUGUCGGUGAGAUGGGUGUUAGGGGCUGUUUGGGAAAACUGGUCAAAUUCACCGAAACAAAUCGUCAACUCUCCAUCACCGACCCGCGCGACAAGGAUUUAGUCGCCAUGUCCAUCCCGGCACUUGUUGAAGCGCACGCCGCACUCCACGGCUCGUACAACGAUAGACUCCACGUUUGGGCAGCAGCAGGUACACCGCGCGGCGCACCCAAAUCCGCGUUUCGCGAGCUGGGCGAUGCGUGCGAUGAGCAUGGGAUAUCGAUUACGAUGCACUGCGCCGAAGCGCCGCGGGAUUUGGACAUAUAUCGCGAGAGUUAUGGGUGUAGCCCGAUGGAGUUUGUGCAGGAGACUCAUUUAUGCCCUCUUCCUGCUGCUCCUCGGUCUGUCGAAGCUACGAAAUCGCGACAACUAGUGCUGGCGCACAUGGUAAAUCUAGACCUGGAAAGGGAUAUCCCCUUGCUAGCAUCAACAAAGACAACAGUCGCGCAUAACCCUUCGUCGAAUCUGAAAUUGGCAUCUGGCAUAGCCCCUGUACCGGAGAUGUUGACCCAUAGCGAGUACAUAAACGUCUCGCUGGGGACGGACGGCGCGCCGUGCGCGAAUCAUUAUGAUAUGUUUCAGGAGAUGCAUCUGGCAGCCAUUUUGCACAAAGGAGUGCGCAACGACGCAUCGUUGAUACCCGCUGAGACGGCGCUGGAGAUGGCAACCAUCAAUGGCGCGAGGGCGCUGGGUUUGGAGGACGAGAUUGGCAGCCUAGAAGUUGGUAAGAAGGCGGAUUUGGUCGUGCUUGAUCCGUAUGGGAAGGGGAAUAUGGGUGUUGCGCCGUGGGAUGAUGGCGACGAAAAAGGAGAAGGGGUAUCGCCGGUUACGACGGUCGUGCAUGGUUGUACGGGGAGGGAUGUUGAUAUAACGGUUGUGGAUGGGAGGAUUGUUGUAAUGGACGGGCUGUUGGUUGAUGGGGGAAGGCUUAAAGAGAUAAAUAUUAUUGGUAAGGCGCAGAGGGCUGCGAGGGGAAUAUUGCAGAGGUGUAAUGCAGAUCGAGAGGACGGGGGGAAGAUUGGGGGUCGGUUGAGGAAGGACUGGUCUUAUGUUUAG